UUACGUUAUGCAAGCUGCGUGGCUACUGCGCCAACUUCGGCCUUGACACCUAUUAUGUCAAACAAACACACGAGUAUGAUCUCUACUUCCAGAAUCAGCUCAGUGCCCUGAAACACAACCAACUUUUUCUUCUCUCCCGCUCUUUUUGCUUUACACUCUCUCAUUAUGCCAGCGAAUAGGAUAUUGUUUGUUGGCUUGGGUAAUUAUACUCAUCCUAAUACGCGACACAAUGCGGGCAUGAUGAUUCUAGAUCAUCUUGCCAACCGUCUUCUACUGAAAUGGAUCCCACAUAAACCUUGGAAGGGUCACAUUGCACAGACAAAGUUGUUACUUCCUUUCGAUCGUCAAGAAGGGGCCGAUUACACUGAGGUGGAGUUGACCUUGUUGAAAUCACGGCUUCCAAUGAACGUUUCCGGCCCCUCCGUCUCUAAAGCAGCCCGCGAUCUCUCCAUACCUGAAACGAGCAUAUACAUAUUUCAAGACGAUCUACAGCGCGAUCUCGGCAAAGUGUCGUUAAAAGCAUCGGGUUCAGCCAACGGCCACAACGGCAUAAAGUCAGUUGUUCAGCAUUUGCGAACAGAUACCUUUUGGCGAGUACGACUAGGUGUAGGUCGACCCGAGUCUCGCGAAGUGGAUGAUGUGUCAGACUUUGUAUUGUCACAGUUUACACCUAUCGAGAUUAAGAUGCUCGAAAGCAAAACAUAUCCGAUUUUGGAAGUUGGUCCUGGUUUGGGAUUGGAAACGCUAAUUCUCCGGAAUAAAUUAUGGAGCGAGCCCAAGCAAAAGAAGAAGAAGAAAACCAAUGACAGGAAAGAGAAAGUGGUGGUCGAUGAGCCAAAGGCAGUAGCUGAAAAGGAAUCAGAGUCAACAGCAGGGACUGCAUCUGUAGAUUUGAGCAAACAGCAUUCGACGAUAAGGUCUGCUGAAGCUGCUACAGUAGCAUAGAUGGAAAAGCCCAUUUAAACAUUUACACAUUACUCAUUAUAUAUACAUUACACAUACAUUUAGGAUAUAGA